ACAAACAUUCUCUAUGCACCGUGCAAUCUGCUCAGAUGUUGUUACUGCAUCUGGCAGUGAUGUCGCGGUGGAGAUUGUACUUUGCUCCCAGUGUUAAUACAAAACCAACUCACCAUGAUGUGUAGACAUUGGGUUAAUAUUAACCAUCAUUGCGACAGAAAAAUGGCCGUUGUGGAUGCAUUCCUGUGUUGGAAGUUUGAAAAUCGACUUAGAUGGACGAUUUGACGAUGCUCUAAAGCAGAUGAACGUACAGUCAUUGAUGCCAUUAUUACGUCAUAAGUGUAACAUGUUCUGUUGCAACAUUCACCCAAUUCUUGACCUCGCUGAAUAUUAAAUUCUUUGUCGCUUUAUUGACGGUUAUUUGGCGGGAUUUAGUCGGUAAGGUGGACAUAUUUCUUUGGACUUUAACCUCCUCUUCAGUAGCCAUUUUGUUUCUCCUCAUUUCCCGAGAUGGAUCAAGAAUCCAAUGUAACGAGGGACGAGGUCAUUGUGGAUUACUACACUCGAUUGCCCGGGCAAUGUGGGGAUUGUUGUCUCAAGUUUCCCUGUCCAUCUAUCCUUGCCUGUGCUAUGAUGAUUGCUGGUGAUAUUCUCUUAUUGGCUGGAUUCCAUCUGGCCGGAGAACAGGCUAAGUAUCUGUUUGUCGGUACACCUGUCAGUGAUGCAUUCAAUGUCUGGUUUACCAACGUUCAGAUCGUCAUCUAUUGCCUGUCUGUCUUCAUGUUCAUUAUUGCAAUCAUCUUACUGGCAAUUAGUUGCCUGGGAACCGGAGCCACGCGAUCCGUGUAUCUCUGUCGAUUCAAGACCAGACGAAGCGGCAGAUGCCAGACCGCUGUGUUCCUGGUGAUUUCUUACUUCCUGAUCCUGUGCUGGGUGACUGCCACCUGUUUUGCGGUUGUGCCUGUUUUCUUCAUGUUUGCCAUGAAUCAUGGAGUUUGUUAUGGAGUUCAGUUGGACCAACAGACCUGUUUGAAUCUUGUACAGUGGGGACUUCUGUCUCCCGAUACUGCAGUGGGACCGGGGAAGGAGUUGAUUUGCGAUGAAAAAAUGAACGAUAUAUGCACCAGCAAUCUGAUGUUGUUGUUCUGUCUUGCUUUCCUGGGAUGUCUUCUGAUACUUCUUGCAGCUAUUCAGUUUACCAUAAGCAUGUCAGCCAACUUUGCCCAGCUUCUGGAUCGCUACAAGCGCGCCUACGUGACAGGUACCGCUGGCUCUUACAACAUGCGGUCAGGAGUCCGCGAUAUCAUGCGAGGCAGCAAGCGAAGUGCGACCGGCAACACGCGCGGACAGACCCGUACCAAUAUCGCCUUGACACGCGUCGGUACCGCCGGUACAGGCAACGGGGCUUACACGGACAACGGGAAGUAUGAAGAUUCCGAGCCGGACCAGAGAUACAGCUCCUUGGAGAUGACAUCAUUCCCAAGACAAGAAGAAAUCCCUCCCAAUCCACCUCCCUAUAUCCCAUCGAUCAGGGAACCUCUGGCUAACUUACAACAGAGGGAACCAUUAUCUAACUUACAACAUAGGACAAGGUCUUAUGAUCCCUUAGAUUACAAUGAUUACCACACCACGCGACCGGCACCGCUUGAUAGCAGUCGAAUUAAGAAUAUGAGCAGAUCAGCUGAACCGAUUGAUGUUGGUAGUCGGUAUGAUCGGUACGACAGGUACAAUGAAUAUGACCUGUAGGUACAUGCGGAUGAAAUGAUAUCACCCUUUCCAAUUGAUGUGUAUGAGUUUUGUUCACAUCAUCUCGGUUAAAUGGAAUUAUUACUGCGAAGAAAACAAAAUAGAUUUCUUAGACAUGUUCUGAAGUGCAUAAAGUUAUUUCAAAGUGUGCUUGUACGCAGUUUACUUUGUAAACAGUAAUCAACUCAGAAAAAGUAGUCAAAUCUGACCAAUUUGUAAAACCCCCCACUAUGUUCCAUUCGUUGUAGCUUUAAGUUAAACUGUACAGUUUAGUUUGGGUUAUGUAGUUAACUUGUUGCCCAAUCUGGUCACAGAAUAACUGGACAAUCAUGCAGGCCCCUAUUUAUGGUGGAAACAUUGUGUCACUUGAUCAGGGAGCGACAUUUGUUUGGUGGGUACACUAUUUGACACAAUGCCUGCGCAUUCAGUUGCAGAGUCUUUCGUGAAUGUUCAGUUUAGUGCCCGGAUUUUGUUUUUGCUUUUUCUUGUUAGCGGCGCAGUAUACAAUGUAAUGGGAUUAUUUUGUAUAAACAAAUUAUACCUAAAUAAAUUUUGCAGCUUAUACGCUACUACUGUACAUCUUAACUUGAAUCAAAUGACUGAUUACAAACAUUAAUUUGUUGUGUUUUGUUUCUCUAAAGUGUGUUUUUAGUGUGAAAAACAUACAUUUGCUUUCUAUUUAAUUGUUUAAAAUUGCGUAUGAGCACUUUGUUUGCGAUAAUAGUAAUUCACAGCCGAAAAUUUACAGAGGAUUAGUCCAACUUGCCAUGUAAUUAUUUGCUAUGUACAGUGUUUGCUGUAUGUUACCUUAUAAUCAGUCUCAGCAAAUUUAUUAUUGGGAUGCUCCAAUGUAGUCACUGACUUGUAUGUUGUAACUCAUUUUUAACCUAGUUAUUUUAGUGAGCCAUGAAAUAAUACACACUAUUUUUUUUCAGUAGUUAGUAUUUGAAGAAAAGAUCUGUAUUAUAAACAACAUUUAAAUACACCAAUGCCAAAAAGAGAUGCAAUUUGAUGAUGAAAUCAUAUCUGUAUAUUUUUGAGUAUUUUGACGAAUGAAGUAAUUGACAUUUGUACAAACCUUCCGAGACAAUUCCAUUUUUGUCUGCUUUGUUAUCUAUAGGCCUACUGUACUAAAAGCGAGUUGAGGUCAUUAAAUUGAGCAUAACAAGAAA